AUGGGAUCUUCUGGGCCUCCAUGCACAAGGUGCAGAAAGAGAGGGCUAUCGUGUACAGUGAAUCGUAGCUUACAGAUGUUACUCGAAAGUGACACCUCAUGGAAAUCAUCCAUAGAAAGUGAAAUACGGGGACUAAAAGACGCCAUCGAAAAGUUGGCAAACCAAGCGUCUCUGCCAGAGCUAGCGCAUUCGAUGCACGAGGAGAGUUUGUCACCAAACCACCGGGAAGGGAGUAUGAGACAAGCGCCGAUCAGUAUCAACCCCGGCUCAAGGGGAGUCAUCCUCGACGCGGACUCAGGCCCAGAGGCACUGCCGGCUUCUUACCUGACCGAAGCCCUACCAGCAACGAUCACAGUAUCAGCAGCCUCGUUCCACGAGGAUAUCAUCUCUCGCGGAAGAAUCAGUCCUGAGGAUGCGAAAGCCUGUCUUGAACUAUACCGCAACAAACUCGAUCAUUUUCCGUAUCAGAUAUUGGGUGGCUACGACGAGCGUAGCGUAAGUUCGAUCCGAGCCGAUUCACCAUUUCUGCUGGCUGCGAUCUGCUCCGUGAGCACCCUACACAUGGCCCCAGGCGAUUUCAAUGCAUGUUACGAAGAAUUUAGGACUAUGCAUUCUAGUCGCAGCUUCGCGAAGGACAUUAAUCUGGACGAUAUCCGUGCAUUAUGUAUCGGGGCAUUCUGGCUCAGUGAUAUAUCGUGGGCUUUAGUCGGUACUGCAGUACGAAUGGCUACUGAGCUGCAACUACACAGAAGUUUCGCUCAGGCUUUGCAAGGCCAUCGCGAUCACUAUCUGCGUGCGCGACUUCAUCUACUCGUUUACGCCUGCGAUCAUCAUUUUUCGAUCCCGUACGGCAGACCGCCAUUGACCCGAGAGGACGACGCCAUACGGAACGCAAGGAAGUUUCUCCAGUGUGCCCAUACGAGCGAAAAUGAUGCACGGUUGGUCAGCCAGGUUCUGCGCUGGAGUCUUUGCACAAAUGUUUUCGACACAUAUGGAACCGACACGGAGAGGCCACUAACGGAACCUGCGAUAUCGCAGCUGCGGAUGUUCUGCAUCUCUCUGGACAGUCUUCGCACGGAAUGGGGCGAGAGAUUCGUCGUUAAUGCUCACAUUGGCAACUACCCAAGCAAGGGCGUGGCACUGCAAUGUGACUUUGCCAAGCUGUACCUGUGUUCGCAUGCGUUUCGUGGAAUCGUAGCUUCUCGCACAACACACCGCUCUCAGGAAACAGCACUGAGCGUCGAUAACAUCGCUCACGAAGGCAUCAUUUCUGCUUUGUCAAUCAUCAGCACUGUAACAUCAGACCCAGAGGUCCAGUCAUUCUUUGAUGGAUUGCCUGUGUACUUUGAUGUCAUGCUUGCGUUUGCGGUCGUCUUUUUGUUCAAGAUAUCUAGGCUUCCCGGCUUAUUCCGACUUGACGUCGGCGCGACGAAGCGAUCAGUACGCGAAUUGAUAGAGGUCUUGAGGGCAAUCACCGCGACCAUGCACCCUCGACACCUGCUGGUAGAUCUUACCAAUGGAAUUGGACAUCUCUUGCAACGGUGGAACACAAUGGAAGAAAGCGGACCUUCCAAUACUGAUAGAUCCCAGAUGUUUCCAUCUAUUCACCGACCAGACGAAUCAACAAGCAGACCGACUCCCGAUACAGAGUUAGGCUGGCUUGAUGGCCUGCUUGAUCCGCGAUUCAUGGGUGAAUAUGACAUUCUCAUGGGCCAAGAGAUGGACUUUGCCUUCUAG